AUGACAACUCCUUUAGUCGGCGAAAUGCCUCCAGCGGAAGCCGAGUCGGUUUACUUCAGUGAGUACCCGCCACCAAAAGCUCUACCGAGACAUGAAGCGCUCGCGCGCGCCUUCAUUGAGCUUCACGUGGAGGCAAACCGACGUGUAGUUCUCGUCACAUCUGGCGGCACUACAGUACCACUUGAAGCGCAAACAGUGCGAUUCAUCGACAACUUCUCCGCAGGUACUCGUGGUGCCACAUCAGCCGAGUACUUCCUCGAGCAAGGCUAUGCCGUGAUCUUCUUGCACCGACAGUACAGUCUGCUGCCGUACUCGCGGCACUACAGCCACUCAACCAACUGUUUCCUUGAUUUCAUGGACGAGGCGCCCGCCUCGGCAGACUCUUCCAACCCAGACAAUGGGCCCAUUAUGGUGCGCGAUGAGUAUCAGAAUGAGAUGCGCGAUGUGCUGCGCAAGUACCGCUAUGCGAAGCAGAACAACCGACUUCUCCUGCUGCCGUUUACAACGGUGUCGGAGUACAUGUUCGAGCUGCGAGCUAUGGCGAAGCUGAUGCGCCCACUGGGCGCGAAUGCGCUGUUCUAUCUGGCUGCCGCAGUCAGCGAUUUCUUCAUCCCGCGCAGCCGGAUGUCCGAGCACAAGAUUCAGUCUUCGGAGUUGCCCGCGCACAUGCAGGGCAGUGCUAUUGCACCGGAUGACAUCUACACUGGCGAGAAUGAAGAGCAGCCAUCCUCGCAUCGCAAGAAGCUCAUUGUCAACCUCGACCCUGUACCCAAAUUCCUGCACCAAUUGGUUGACGGCUGGGCGCCGGAGGGAAGUAUGGUUGUCUCGUUUAAGUUGGAGACCGAUCCCUCGUUGUUGGUGUAUAAGGCGCGGACUGCGUUGCAGCGCUAUUCGCAUCACUUGGUGAUUGGUAAUUUGCUUUCAACGCGCAAGUGGGAGGUGGUUUUCAUUACACCGGAUCCGCCACAUGAGCGUUGGCUUCGGGUGCCUAAGUCCAGGCGCAGCAAGAGUAUCUCUGGUGUUGAGGAUCAGGUUGGGUUGGCAGAGGCUAAGAAAGGGGACUCGGUGUCGUCGGAGCAGCCUGAGACAGCGCAGAUUGUGGGUGGGGAUCACGAUGGCAUUGAGAUUGAGAGUCUGAUCAUCCCGGAGUUGGUCAAGUUGCACACGAAGAUGGUUGAGAAGAAGACAAAGUCUACGCAGUGA